UCUAUCCAACAAAAACAAAUAGAAAAAAUUAACGAAGCUCAAGAUGAAGAUUAUUUUACUAAAGAGGAAAAAUUAGAAGUUGUUCAAACUUCGAUUCCUUUAACAAAAAAAAGAAAAGGUCCAACAGUACGAAGAGUUGUUGAAAUUGUUCUUCAAAAUAUGGAGAAACAAAUGUUAAUAGAAGAAAAAGUUAAAGUAACAAGAUAUGAUAAUAUACAAGCUUUUUUAAUUGAAGAGCUUGAUUGGGAAGACACUGAUACAUCUGAUAGAAAUCGGUUUUUUAAACCUAGAGCAUUAUUAUUUUUUAUAGGACAAAAUUAUCAAUCUUAUAAAUUUAUGUAA